AUGCGCACCACGCGGGUGCAGAACCUCUGCGAGUUGGCCGCCUCAGCCUGCGCCUCCGGCCUCGACGAGGCGCGCCGACGCGAGAUCUCUCUGCUGAUGGACGCGGUGGCCGCAGCUGACCUCGGCCUUCCUGACACCGCACCGGCAGCCGGCAGCGUGAGCGCCGGCAGCACCAUCAUCACUCAGACGGUGUACGCGUCGGACGCGUUCGAGCUGGUGGUGUUCCUCUUCCCACGUGGCGUCCGGCUGCCGCUGCACGACCACCGCGAGACGAUCCUCACGCCAGAGUCGCCCACCUUUGCCCUGCGGCCAGACUUUGCAAACAUUCACUCCUUUGAGGCACUCGCAGACACCGCCGUGCUCGACCUGCAGCUGCCCCCAUACGACGACCGCAAAGGCCGCGACUGCCACUACUUUGCCUCGGAGGGCGAGGCGGCUCCCGCCUUGGCCGAGGCCGCGGCGGGCGGGGACAGUGCGAGGGGCGGCGGGAGCGAAGGUAUCUGCUGCGCCGAGACGCUGCGCGUCAUAAGCCCGGAGUUAGACAUCCGAGCUGGCGCCUACCGAGGGCCGAGGCCAAGGCUGGCCCGCUGA